UCCUCACUCUCCAUUGUUUUUCAUCACACUUCUCAAUUCCGAUCAACAGAGAUUAAAAAAAUGGCACUAGGUUUCAGAUUCCCACUCUUCUGCAUUCUCUUCGCUCUCCUGGCGGCCGCCAUCUCGGCGGCGCAUUCGGCGCCGACGCCGGGGGUGGACUGCUCGAGUCUGGUUCUGGAAAUGGCGGACUGCCUGCCGUACGUGACGGAGGGCGGCACGGCGGCGAAGCCGAACGGCCAGUGCUGCUCGGGGCUGAAGACCGUCCUCAAAACCGACGCCGAUUGCCUGUGCGAGGCGUUUAAGAACAGCGCCCAGCUUGGAGUCACCCUCAAUUUGACCAAAGCCCUAGCUCUCCCCACCGCCUGCCACGUGUCCGCUCCUUCCGUUAGCAACUGCGCCUUGAGUGGUGGAGCUGCACCAGCUUUUUCGCCACUGGCUGCAGUGUCUCCCAGCCCAGCCGCAGUGGCUCCGGCGGCUGGUGGUGGAGUUAACGAAGCUGCUCCGGCACCCUCUCCUGGUGGCGGUAACUCGGGUUCUUAUGCACUCGCGGUGUCGACUGAGUUGCUCCUUUUUACCACUGUGAUUGCUGUCUCGUACGCUUUAUUUUGAGAGAACUACUAUUUAGGGGAGAGUUUAUCGCAUAUUUACACUAGUCUUUUUAGAUAUGUUGAGACCGGAGUGAGAGGAGUACAUACAUAUAUGAUUCGAUUUCUGAGUAUUUGUUAGUACUUUGUAGUGUUGACCGAGACGAGACUUUCUAUUUGACCUUUUUAUUGAUGUAUGCUU